AUGAGAUUAUUCAAGCGAAAGAAAGAUCCCGAGAAAGAGCACCUUGAUGAGAAGGAUGCUCAGUUCAAGAAUCCUGACGAUCAAUUGAAUGAAAAAUUCGAUCAGUUAGACCCAGCAACGAGGGAAGUUCUGGAGGGACAGCUCAAAGGCGUCUCUUUCAAGGCUUCCCUUGCUGACUUGUAUGGUUUGCUUCGAGGCUGGGAAUAUUUAAUUGCAUUUAUUGCCUAUGUUUGCUCCAUUAUUGCCGGAGCUGCCCUACCUCUAAUGACCUUAGUUGUGGGAGAUAUGGCACAACAAUUCACUAAUUAUUUCACAGGUGUGCUCGGCAGAAGUGAAUUUGAAGAUAAAAUAAGGGACAAUUCGUUAUACUUCGUCUACUUGGGUAUUGGGCUUACAGUGUUUCAAUACUUGGCCACCUUUCUGCACAUUGUCAUCAGUGAAAUUAUAGCAAGCAGGGUUAGACAGAAGUUUGUAUGGUCGAUUCUCCAUCAAAACGUUGCCUUCUUGGAUUCAAUGGGGUCCGGGGAAAUCACCGAAAGUAUUACCUCUGACACGCGACUAAUCCAAGAGGGAGUUUCUGAGAAGAUUGGAAUGACUGUUGAAUGCUUGGCUACGGUUGUAUCCGCAUUAGUUGUCGCAUUCGCAAAAUACUGGAAAUUAGCCCUGGUUCUUUUAUCAGUUAUGGUAGGGCUUAUCAUGUCUGCCACUCCAACAACGUUGAUGUUAAUCAAAAUGUACAUGAAAUCGCUGGAAAGUUAUGGUAAGGCCUCUUCUAUCGCAGAGGAGACAUUUUCUGCCAUAAGAACUGCUACUGCAUUUGGUGCUCAUGAAUUCCAGUUAAGUAGAUAUAACAUUUUCAUUUUAGAAUCCAGAGGUUAUGGUUUUAAGAAAGCAUUAUGGUUAUCUUUGAUGAUUGGGUCUGUCUGGUUCAUUGUCUUCAAUACUUAUGCUCUGGCUUUCUGGCAAGGCUCCAGAUUCAUGGUUUCAGAUAAUUCAGGUAUUGGCAAGAUUUUGACCGCUUGCAUGGCCAUGCUUUUUGGUGCUAUGACCAUCGGUAACGUUACAACCCACAUGAAAGACGUCUCAGUAGGUAUUGGAGCAGCUUCCAAACUGUUGGCAGUAAUUAACAGAGAGCCAUAUCUUGAUUCUUCGUCUGAAGAUGGUUCGAAGUUAGAGAGGGUUGAUGGUAGUAUCAGUUUCAGAAAUGUAACAACAAGGUACCCUUCGAGGCCUGAUAUUACCGUUCUUUCUGAUUUCACCUUGGAUGUAAAGCCAGGCAAUACAGUGGCUCUUGUUGGAGAGUCCGGAUCCGGUAAAUCAACUGUCAUUGGGCUGCUAGAAAGAUUUUACGAAUACCUUGACGGUGAUAUUUUGUUAGAUGGAGUUAGCGUAAAGGAUUUAAACAUUAAAUGGCUUAGGCAACAAAUUGCUUUGGUUCAACAAGAACCAGUCUUAUUUGCUGCCUCCAUCUAUGAAAAUAUCUGUUAUGGUCUUGUUGGCACAAAAUAUGAGGAUGCACCUGAAGAAGUCAAAAGGGACUUGGUUGAAAAGGCAUGUAAAGAUGCAAAUGCGUGGGAGUUUAUCACGCAGAUGAGUCAUGGGCUUGACACUGAGGUUGGUGAACGUGGUUUAUCUCUUAGUGGGGGGCAAAAACAGCGUAUUGCCAUUGCAAGAGCUGUCAUCUCACAACCCAAGAUUCUUUUACUAGAUGAAGCAACCAGUGCUCUCGACACAAAAUCCGAAGGGAUAGUUCAAGAUGCCCUCAAUAGAUUGAGUGAAUCGAGGACAACGUUAGUAAUUGCUCAUAGGUUGAGCACAAUCCAGAAUGCAGACCUAAUUGUUGUCAUGAGCAAUGGUAGGAUUAUUGAAAGAGGCACUCACCAAGAAUUGAUAAAGUUGAGAGGAAGAUACUACCAGCUCGUUCAGGUGCAAAAUAUCAACACGAAGAUUAAUAGUACUCAGGUAACAAAAUCGAUCGCAGCAUCUACAAUUUCUGAUUCUGAGAAUGAUAAACCUAACGAUUCAGAAUCCCUGAUUUACGAGCCGUCUCCUGAGAUAGCUUCUGAUUUACCACCCCAAAAGAAACCCUCUGUUGGGCAACUUUUCCUGAUGUUGCUGAAGAUCAGCAAAGGGGAGUAUCAUCUUAUAAUUCCUGCUAUGUUUUGUGCACUAAUUGCAGGUAUGGGGUUUCCAGGUUUAUCAUUGCUCAUGGGCCAUAUUGUAGAGGCUUUCCAGGUUAGUGGACCCGAUGAAUACCCUCACAUGAGAUCUCAAAUCAACAAGCUUACCGGAUAUUUGUUUAUGAUUGGAGUCAUUGAAUUUAUCAACUAUAUUUUCUUAAUAUCCAGUUUGGUAAUGGCUUCCGAAUAUUUGAUUUAUAAAAUGAGGUACAGAUGCUUCAAACAGUAUCUCAGACAGGACAUGGCUUUUUAUGAUCAACCUCAAAACAAAGUUGGAUCGUUGGUGACAAUGCUAGCAAAAGAUCCUCAGGAAAUUGAGGGUUUGUCUGGAGGUACAGCGGCCCAGAUCACCGUCUCGGUGAUAAUUGUGGUUGUUGGUAUUAUAAUAUCCCUGAUCACCAACUGGAGGCUGGGUCUUGUGUGUACAUCGACUGUUCCGUUAUUGCUUGGAUGUGGCUUUUUCCGCGUUUACCUGAUUAUAAUGUUUGAAGAACGUUCUCUGAAGAGCUACCAAGGCUCAGCGUCUUAUGCUUGUGAACAGGUUUCAGCUUUAAGAACAGUCAUCUCGUUAACUCGUGAGAAAGGCAUAUAUGACAAGUAUAGCAAAUCUAUCAAGGCUCAAGUUCGAAGAUCCACACAGUCUGUGGCCAAGACUGCUAUCAUGCACGGACUAAUUCAAGGUAUGGUUCCGUGGAUCUUUGCAUUAGGCUUUUGGUAUGGUAGUAAGCUCAUGAUUGAAGGUAGAUGUACAAACAGAGAGUUUUUUACUGUUUUGAUUGCUAUUUUGUUUGGAGCUCAGUCUGCCGGUCAAAUUUUCUCUUAUGCUCCGGGCAUGGGUAAGGCCAAACAAGCAGCAGCUAAUGUUAAAAAGGUUCUUGAUACUUUUCCUAAUGUGAUAGACAUAGAAUCUGAGGAAGGGGCCAUAGUUGAUCCUUCUGAAGUGAAAGGUGGGAUUGAAUUUAGAAAUGUCACUUUUAGGUAUCCCACAAGAAUGGAAGUUCCUGUAUUACAGGACCUCAACUUAACUAUAAAGCCUGGUCAAUAUAUUGGCUUAGUGGGCGCUUCAGGAUGCGGUAAGAGUACAACUGUUGGCUUGAUUGAAAGAUUCUAUGACCCUUUAUCGGGUGAAGUAUUGUUGGAUGGAGUUGACAUUCGUAAUUUGCACUUAAGAACGUAUCGUCAGGCUUUGGCUUUAGUUCAGCAAGAGCCCGUACUUUUUGGUGGCUCUAUUCGUGACAAUAUCUUGCUUGGAAGUAUUGAUGAAGUGUCUGACGAUGAAGUGAUUGAAGCAUGUCGAGAAGCAAACAUCUAUGACUUUGUAUCCUCUCUGCCAGAAGGAUUGGACACUCUUUGUGGAAAUAGAGGAGCGAUGCUAUCUGGUGGACAAAAGCAGAGAAUUGCGAUUGCUCGUGCUUUAAUUCGAAACCCUCGUGUUCUCUUAUUGGACGAAGCAACAUCAGCUUUGGAUAGUGAAAGUGAAAAAGCUGUACAAGAAGCUAUUGAUAGGGCCAGUAAGGGUCGAACUACAAUCACCAUUGCCCAUAGACUUAGUACUAUUCAAAACUGUGACGUAAUCCACGUAUUUGAGGGAGGAAAGAUUAUCGAAAGUGGUAAGCACGAUGAACUAUUAGCACUGGGAGGAAAAUACUACGAUCUUGUACAGCUGCAAGGUCUUGAAUCUCAAAACUAG